CCACCCACCUCAGCCUACCAAAGUGCUGAGAUUACAGGCGUGAGCCACUGCGCCUGGCCGAUUCAGCUGUAUUUUAAAGCGAAGGUCCCCCCAGCACUGCCAGCCAUCCUCCUUCCCAAUCAGGUACAAAAGAGCCAUGGUCAUGGCCCAUACCAUCUGUGUCCAACUACUGAAGGCACCCCUGUGCAUUGUAUGAUCCAGUGUGAUCCUGGAUGAUUGAGGCUUGUCAUCAGGGAAUCCACAUCUCACUGGUAUCUUCCACUCCCAUGCACCUCCACCUACCUGGACACAUCCCAUUCCUCGGUGAAACUGUUUUGUCCUGAAGGGGCAGCAACAUUCCUUUAAAACAGCAUGAAGGUCGUUCUGGUGGAUUCCUUCAGGCCUUCUAGGGCCUGAGGGAGGUCUGAUAUACACUUCAUUCCCACCUCCCAACCCCUCAGAAUCUGAGAGAAUGGAGCCGAGUACCUGUAGGACCAGCGAAUCAGAGGAAGACUAUGUUGAGAAAAAGGAAUCUGAGAAAUGUGUUAAAGAGGAAGCUACCAUUCCCUGUAACUCUUCACAGCAGGCUCUCUUAAAAGCUGACUAUAAGGCAUUUAAAAAUGGGGUUCCCUCACCCAUUAUAGCCACAAAAAUUCCGAAGAAAGUCAUAGCCCCAGUUGACACAGGCGACUUAGAAGCUGGGAGGAGGAAGAGAAGGCGGAAACGCAGAUCCCUGGCCAUCAACCUGACCAACUGCAAGUAUGAGAGUGUGCGUCGGGCAGCCCAAAUGUGUGGCCUGAAAGAGGUGGGGGAGGAUGAAGAAUGGACUCUGUACUGGACAGACUGCUCUGUCUCGCUGGAACGAGUCAUGGACAUGAAGAGGUUUCAGAAAAUCAACCACUUCCCUGGCAUGACAGAAAUCUGCCGCAAAGAUCUGCUGGCUCGGAACCUCAACCGCAUGCACAAACUCUAUCCCUCUGAAUACAACAUCUUCCCCCGCACCUGGUGCCUCCCCGCAGACUACGGGGACUUCCAGUCCUACGGUCGUCAGCGAAAAGCCCGCACGUAUAUCUGCAAGCCAGACAGUGGCUGUCAGGGACGUGGCAUCUUCAUUACCCGAAAUCCCCGGGAGAUCAAGCCAGGAGAGCAUAUGAUCUGCCAGCAAUACAUCUCCAAGCCCUUCCUCAUUGAUGGCUUCAAGUUUGAUAUGCGAGUCUACGUCCUGAUCACAUCCUGUGACCCUCUCCGGAUCUUCAUGUAUGAGGAGGGCCUGGCCCGUUUUGCCACCACACCCUAUGUGGAGCCCAGCCAUAACAACCUGGACAAUGUCUGCAUGCACCUGACCAACUAUGCUAUCAACAAACACAAUGAGAAUUUUGUCCGGGAUGGUACUGUGGGCAGUAAGAGGAAGCUGUCGACACUCAACAUCUGGCUGCAAGAGCACAGCUACAACCCUGGAGAGCUGUGGGGGGACAUCGAGGACAUCAUCAUCAAAACCAUCAUCUCAGCCCAUUCUGUUCUACGCCACAACUACCGAACCUGUUUUCCCCAGUAUCUGAAUGGAGGUACAUGUGCCUGUUUUGAGAUCCUUGGUUUUGACAUCUUGUUGGACCACAAGUUGAAGCCCUGGCUGCUAGAGGUAAACCACUCUCCAAGCUUUACCACUGACUCACGCCUUGAUCAAGAGGUAAAGGAUGCACUUCUCUGUGAUGCUAUGACCCUUGUCAACCUCCGGGGCUGUGACAAAAGGAAGGUGAUGGAGGAGGAUAAGCGGCGAGUCAAGGAACGGCUUUUCCAGUGCUACCAACAGCCACGAGAAUCGAGGAAAGAAAAAACUGAGUCAUCCCAUGUGGCAAUGCUGGACCAGGAACGAUAUGAGGAUUCUCACCUGGGAAAAUACCGGCGGAUCUACCCUGGGCCUGACACAGAGAAGUAUGCCCGCUUCUUCAAGCACAAUGGCUCCCUCUUCCAGGAGACUGCUGCUUCCAAGGCCAGAGAGGAGUGUGCCAGGCAGCAACUGGAGGAGAUCCGCCUUAAGCAGGAACAGCAGGAGAUCUUGGGCAGUAAGAGGCAAAAGGCCAAGGACCAGAACCAGGGUGAAUCAGCUGGGGAGAAAAGCCAACCCAGAGCAGGGCUCCGGAGCCAUUCCACCCGCUUGGCUUACAGGAACCACAACUGGGAGAAAGAGCUGCUGCUGGGACAGUUGGAUACCAUGAGGCCUCAACAAAUUAUGGAAGAGGAGGAGCUGGAGCGGAUGAAGGCCCUGCUACAAAGGGAGACUCUCAUCCGAAGCCUGGGUAUUGUAGAGCAGCUCACCCGUCUGCAGCACCCUGGCCCCCAGGGCCAGAAAAAACUUCAUGAGAGUCGGGACAGGCUGGGCAGUCAAGAACUGAAACCUGUGAGUCUGGUUCUAUUUGUGCUCCUAAGAGGGGCUGCCACAGAGCAGGGCCCUCCUCAUUUGCUGCAUCCAGUUCUGCCCCAUAAAUCGAUCCCCAGGAUCUUAGGGGCACUGUCAAGCAUGAAUGCUGCAAUCCCACAUGUUCCCCGGUGCCAUCUGCAGCCCAAGAACUUCACCUGGACAGGAGAGCCGGCAGCCAUCAACUCCUGUUCAUUGUCAAUGAAGAAGGCUGGGAGGCACUAUUUUUCCAGUGCCAGAAUCAGGCUGACUAGCCAAGGACAAGCCAGCAGAAGGCUAGAAGCCAUAAACCGAGUCCUGGCAGGAUCAGUGCCACCCACUUUAACCCCAAAGCAGGGCUAUCUUCUGCAACCGGAAAGAGUGGCAUCUGACUCAUGGACUGAAUGCACCUUGCCCUCCAUGGUAAACUCUGAACACAGAACAGCCAAAGUUGCCCUCUGCCCUGCGUCCGCACCCGUGUUGCAGCGUUCCAGAGCACUCCUCAGCAUCAAUCAGUUCAGGUAAAAGCAGGAGGGAAGCACUCUACCUCUCCUGGAGAACCUCCCCAGGUUUCCAAAGGGUUUCCAAAGGGCAUUCAAUCUUUGCUAAAUGAAAGACUGCCACCAAGUUCCUCUUUGAAAAGCCCUGCCCAGGAACCCCAUUUGUAAAAGGCAAAAUACAAAGACACCAAGAAUUCCUCAAUACCCUAAGAUUAACUGGGGAUCAGUUAAGACUAGAAGAUGAAGAGGCGCCAAGGCCAGCCAUGUACUCAUUUCUGCUCAUCAAGCCUUAGCAUGGGUUUAUCGCUAGGUGAUGGGUCUGAACCCUAGGUGCGGCCCUGGGCUGGAGGUCAUCCAGGAGACAAAGAGCCCCUUUCCCAGAGGAGCCGAGUGCCCAAGGCACUGGGCUGUCGCCGUCAGAAGACUGCCGAGCGGAAGCCCUGCCCA